AUGGUAAGAACUUAUUUUACAGACAAUAUUUUUGUCUUUUUUGUUUAAAUUUUAGAAUUUUAAGUUUUUUAGAAGCACUAAAACAGGCCUAAAAUAAAAGACAAGGUUUUCUUUACAUAAACAUUAAUCUUAAAUUCUUCUGAACCAUUUCAUAUCAGUCCAAAAACUUUUAAGAUUGUUAAAAGAUUAUAUUUUCAGCCAAUCUACGAGUUACAACUGAAAGCAACGUUCGAAAAUGUCACAAACUUGUCUGUCGACGAUCCCCAAUCUUAUGAUUGGGCAUUGAAGUUGAAAUGCGGUGGAUGUCGUGAAGUUUCAGACAAAUUUAGAUCAUUCAGUGCUCAGGAUGAAGUUGAGAUACCGCAUUCUAGAGGGACGGCAAAUUACGUUGAGAAAUGUGGAUUCUGCGGCAAACAUGCUACUAUAAGUAAGUGUUAUAUCGUUCUUGUUCUGUAUUUAGUUUUUAGCUGGUGUGAGGAAUAUUGAGGCCGUUUUGAUUCUUUUCUGAUUUAAAAACGAUCGUUACUCAUACGUUGUUCAUACAUUGUGUUUUUUUGAAGUUAAAAUUAAAUCUAUAUCUUUGAAGUUCUAAGCAGACUUUAACUAUAGCUAUCUUAAGCUUGUGUAAAAAUUUCAAAGAGUUUGAGUUAGUCUAUCAUGUUUUAUUAUCAAAGAACGCUGAUACCUAUGUAUUACACUAGAAAUAAUUGAUGUUUUUAACGAAAAAAGUUGAUUCCAGACAUUGUACCAGAUUCGUUUGGCGUAGUAAAAGAGUCUGAGAAGUUUACAACAAUAUGCAAGUUCGAAACUCGUGGAACGGAGCCUGUGGAAUUUGCUUUAUGGGGUAAAUGGAGAUGUGAAGGUGAAGAAUCAGGGACUCCUUUUGAAGAUAUCGAACUUAAUGAGGUAAAAUACAUCAUCGUAAUCUGUAAACUUGGUUAUAAGCUUACAGAGAUUUUUAUUUUGAUUUAAUUUAAUGAUUUAUUAUGAUUUUCAUAGUCUUGAGACAAUUAUAUUAACCAUGAUAACUUCUUUCAGUGGGCCGACUACGAUGAAAAGUCAGAUGUUCCAGUGACGAUAAAUGAUGUAGAAGCUAAAUUCAAGUAGAUAAAGAUCUAUUUAUUUGCCAUUUUACUCAAACUUUUAUUUUUUUGGGUAUUUAAAAAAGGUCAAGACGAAUGUUAUUGGGUAUAUCAACAUUACCUACAUUGUUUAUGCUUAUUUUUGUAUUUUAACAGAGAUAUGUAAUUAUUUUUUUUUUGUUUAUGGAAUAAAUAUACUUAUAAGACUUGACUUUAUGAAGUUAGGAACAACUUGGGUUGAUAAGUCGUUUGACUAUGUUAAUAUCUAUUGUCUUGUUGUCAAUUUUACUCGUUCUUAUGAUUAUUUGAUAUUAUUUUGUCGCGUUUGUCUAUAGAAGUUCUUUAUUGGCAGUACAUUUGGUAUUUCAAAUAAAAAUGGCAAUAAGUUUUAGAAAACCUAAAAAGUGGUAUUUAUCGUGUAAAUUGUCACCCGCAGGCUGUAGGAGGCAAAGUUUGAUAUUUUUUUAGUAUAUACAACUAGUUGAAACUUUUUUUACAAAACGGAAAAUGGCAACAACUUUCUUUACAAAACAAAAAAUGGCAAGAACUUUCUUUACAGUACAAAAAAUGGCAAGAACUUUCUUUACAAAACAAAAAAGGCAAAAAAUUUCUUUAAAAAGCUUAAAAAGACGAUACUAUGUUAUAAAAUGGCAUUUUUCAGACAAAUUCUGACCAUGGCACCAGGAAGAAAGAGCAAUCUACCACCACCAAAAGCCACCCCUCCAAAAAAGUCCACCCCGCCGAACAAAAGGACAGUUAAAAAGGAAAAGACGGUCGAUGGACGAAAACAGUUGAUUUUCGAGAAUUUCAAAGUGAAUGAUAAGAUUUUAUGUCUUCACGUAUCGACCGGCCUCUACUACGAAGCUAAAAUCAUGGACGAGAUGGAUGAUGACGAUGGCAGGAGUUAUGUGGUGCAUUAUCAGGUACGUUAUUGAUGUAUGAUGAUGGACAUUGGGACGGGGGUAGGGCAGGGUAAAUUAGGGUAGAGUAGGAUUGGUUAAUUUAAGGUAUAAUUAGAUGUAAAAUACGUUGUUUUCACUCCUGUUUACUUUAAAUUUUAGGGCUGGAACAAAAGGUACGAUGAGAAUGUGUACGAAGAAGAUAUUCCAUCAAGAUUCAAGUUUUACACCGAUGAAUCAGCGGCCGAAGCAAAGGUAUAGUAUGACAAGGGAUUUCUUUAAAAAACAAAAAAUGGAAAUAACUGUUUACAUAAAAAAUUUUUAACUUUGGGUCCAUUAAAAUUCAUUUUCCAGGACGCCCAACAGUCAGCGAUUCGCAGCUCCAGCAAGCGCAAGUCCUCGUCCAGACGUGAUCGAACUCGUACACCCACCACCCCUACCCUGCUUGAAGGGUUUCCAGGAACUGCCGGCUCGUCUAGAUCUACCACGCCAGACCUUAGACAAAGAACCAAGCCAGGAAGCUUGACGUCGGAAGUGAAGAAAGGCCAAAAGACGAGGAGGUCCGAUUCACAAGGUUGGUUAACUUUUUUUGAAUUGGAAAGAAAUUUCGUGCUAUUUUUUGUUUUGUAAGAAAGUUCUUGCCAUUUUUUGUUUUGGAAAGAAAGUUUUUGCAAUUUUUUGUUUUGGAAAGAAAGUUCUUGCAAUUUUUUGUUUUGUAAAGGAAGUUCUUGUUAUUUUUUGAUUUGUAAAGAAAGUUCUUGUUAUUUUCAGUCAAAGUCGAGCCAGAACUCGUGACAGUUUUCUCUCACCCACCCAAGAGCCUGGUCGAAGUCCUAGUCCAAGACAAAAAGAAGGUCCUAGAAGGACUAAUGCAAAAACAACCGACCGAGUUCACCGUGGACAAGAUUAUCGACCUGUAUAUUCAAAAACUCGGCGAUGAAGAGCAGCACGAGAACGCUGACAUGUUCAUUGAGUACGAUCAGGUUGCGACCUUGGGCAAUACAACCUCGGAAUUGCAAAAACAUAUUGGACUCUUCAUUAAGGACUUAUUUAACCAUGCCUUGGCUACUAGGUUACUGUAUGGUCCGGAAAAGAAGGUAGGGUGGGGUAGGGGAUGGUAGGGUAGGAUAGGGAGGGAUAGGGUAGGGGAGGGUAGAGUAGGUUACGGUAGAAGAGGGUAGGAUAAGGUAGGAUAGAGCAUUACGGAGUAACAUAGGGCAUGGUAAAGUAAGGUAUGAUCUAAAAUGACACUUUUAGGCUCACGAAAAGCGAAUGCGGGACAGACUGGAAGAGAUCAGAGACAGCCAGCCCAAGAAACGACAUACCCGUACUAUCAGUGACUCAUCUCAAUCACAGUCAAGUGAACCUGUCGAGGUAAGAACACUUCAAUCCCCUACCCAUACCCUCUAUCCUCAACUCCCUGCCCGCAACCCCCUAUCCUCUAUCCUAACCCCUACUUCUACAAUAACCUCUAAUCCUAUUCCAACCCUAAAAUUACAGUAAGCCGUACAAUUUGCCUACAUUACCGUAGGUUCUACCGUAGUAUAGUAUACAGAAGUCAAUUUCAGGAAGAAGUGAAGCCGAGUUCAGUGUACGGUGUAGUACAUUUGCUUCGAAUGAUGGUCCGUCUCGCUGAUUACCUACCUCUUCUGGGUACAUCACCAACUAGUGCCGAACAGGGCCUGGCCGCAGCACAAGAUUUUAUGGUUUUCUUGUCGAAAAACGUUCAAGACUUUGUCAACAUGGACACUGAUUAUGUUGAAUCCAAGACGAGGAAGAGCUACAUUUGA